GACUCUUCAACCCCGUCCGCGCACAUCUCUAUCUCUCUCGCACCUCACACUCGUUCAAAUAACCAUCUGUCUCUCUUCGGCGUCCUCUCUCAAGACGCCCCAAAUUACAUCACACUCAUUACUAUGCUAGCGCUCCCGAUUGCGCUUGCCAUUGCCGCGCUCGCCGCGCCGGCCGCGGCGGAUGUAGCAUCCGGCUACAACGUGCACAAUCCUCAUCGCAGCCUUGUGCAGCGCGCUGUUACCAGCGACGCCGCUAGCGUUUCCAACAAGAACUUUGACUUUGUGGUUAUCGGUGGUGGUAUUGGCGGUCUCGUGACCGGCGCCCGCCUUGCCGAAUGGUCAAAUCAGACCGUGCUUAUUCUCGAGGCCGGCGGCGAUGGCUCUGAUGUCGUUCAGCAGCAGAGCAUCCCCGGCUUCACUUACCACCGCGGUCUCGCGUAUUCUUCUCCCUAUGGCUGGAACUACACCACCAUUCCUCAACCCGAGGCCGGCGGCGCCGUUAAGGCGUACCCUCUCGGCCGUGGUCUUGGCGGUUCGGGUGCCAUUAACGGCAUGUUCUGGGGCAAGGCGUCGGCCGUCGAGUACGACUCGUGGUCUGAGACUCUCUUCCCAGAGGGCAAGUACAAGUGGAACUGGGCAAGCAUGGACGCCGCCAUCAAGAAGGCUACCACGCUCCAGGAGCCUCCCCAGGAGCAGAAGGACCAGUUCCAGAUCCCCGUCGACCCCUCUGCUCACGGCACUACCGGCCCCCUCCAGAUCGGGUGGUCCAAGUACAUCUACCCCGUUGUCGCAAACUGGAUCCCCACCUGGCGCACCCUCGGCCUCCCCGUCACUGACCACUCGUCCGGUGACCCCCACGGCGGCACCAUCGUUCCCUCGACGAUGGACGCCCGCCAAGGUAUCCGCUCCGACUCGCGCCGCGGCUACAUUGACAACAACAACUCGCCCAACCUGGUCGUCUUGACCCGCCAGACCGGCACCAAGAUCGUUUUCUCUGACAAAAGGGACAAGAAUGGCAACCUCGUCGCCACUGGUGUCGAGUUUUCCUCUGGCAGCGGCGCGCCCUCCUAUAAGGUGACCGUCAACAAGGAGGUCAUCGUCGCUGGCGGUACUGUCAACUCCCCCAAGCUCCUCCAGCUUUCCGGUAUCGGCCCCAAGGCCCACCUUGAGGCGCAGGGCAUCACUUCCCUCAUCGACCUCCCCGUCGGCUACAAUCUUCAGGACCACGUCGCUACCGGGUUGACCUUUAACACCAUUGAGGGCGUGGAAACCUGGGGCGAGCUUACGACCAACCCCGAACUCGGUGCCGCUGAGCUCGAGAAGUGGAACACUGACCGCUCCGGCAAGUGGACUUACGUUAAUGAGGCCACGGGCUACGUUUCGAUGGCGGACAUUGCCGGCGCCGACGCCAACACCAUCACGGACGGAAUUGACGAGGCUGCGCUUAUCGCUCAGAUCUCGGGCCGCCACAACAUCCCCGCCUCGGUGCAGAAGGGUAUGGCCACUCAGUUCGCCCUGCAGAAGAAGUGGAUGAAGUCGAACAUCGGCCAGAUCGAGAUCAUUCUCCACAUGUGGGGCUCGACCGCCACCUCGAUUGUCCUCCAGUGUGCGCUCCAGCACCCCUUCUCGCGCGGCACCGUCAUGAUCAACGGCAGCAACCCGUUCAACAUGCCCACGAUCAACCCGGACUACUUCUCUGCCUCGGCCGACGCCACGAUGAUGGAGUACGCGCUUAACUGGCUCCGCACUUUCGCCACCACCAAGCCUAUGGGCGACAUCAUCACGAGCGAGCUCAAGCCCGGAGCCAACGUCACGGGCGAGGCGCUCCAGACCACCUUCCGCGCCGCCGCCGGUACCGAGUACCACCCCCUCGGCACAUGUGCCAUGCUUCCCAAGGAGGACGGCGGUGUCGUCGACACCAACCUCAAGGUCUACGGCACGGGCAACGUGCGUGUCGUCGACUCGUCCGUUAUUCCCAUGCACAUCUCUUCGCACACCAUGGGCACGACGUAUGGUGUCGCCGAGUUCGGCGCCGACAUCAUCAAGCUCGAGAACACCAAGGACUUCCUCAACCCCCCCGUCUCGAGCUCCAGCUCCGCCAAGCCAACGGGUUCGACCUCGGGCUCAGCCAAGCCCACCGGCACGGCUACGCCCGCUGACGCGAACGCCGACGAGGGUCUCAGCCAGGGCGCCAAGAUCGGCAUCGGUCUCGGUGUCGGUAUUGGCGGUGCUGCCCUGCUUGGUGCUAUUCUCUUCUUCGUCUGCUGCCGCAAGCGCGACAAGGGCCCUGGCGCCGCCUCGACCGACAAGGGCUGGUACGAGAAUGGCCAGCAGAACAACCAGUGGUCCAACGGUCAGUAAAACCACCCCCAUCCAUCCGACUCGAGAUUGUGAAAAGGACACUGUGCAAGGACACUCCCUGCGUUGUAUGAGGAGUAGAAUAGAGGCUGGGAUGGAUUUGUGAGUAGCAUCUGACUCCAGAACGCGGCGAGUCGUACCCCAUGCACGCGCAGAACGGGUUCCGCCAGCGCCCGUUGAGCCACUCUGGCUCUGUCAGCACUAUGGCCACCGCCGACCUCCCCGCCGCACGGAGGUACGACGACGGCGGCCGCUACUCGAACGACUCGCGGGGCGUCCUCUAGUCCAGUCAGUGCGUUCAGUAUCACAUAUUACAUCGGGCCAUCCCCGCACACUCGCUUUCGUCGGCCGGGCCAGGCCUUGAUGGCUGGCCGACGGCCGCAUAGACAUUGUACAUGCAUAGGUUAUUCGGG